CAACUGUGGCGUUUCUGGGAGUUUCCACCGGCACUGCAUUUCCAAUACCCCAAGUCCUUCCUUUGGCGGCGGGCCAUUCGCUCUCAUUUGGACCUCAGACAUUCACCCAACACGUCUGCCCUUCAAACACACCAUGAUAACAGCCAACAUCAUCCACUAGGUCCGACUUGCCUUCACCAUGGCCUCUACAGACGAGCAACGUGAGUUGUCGCUCGUCGGCAAGGUCGAGCUGAAGAUAGCCCUCACGGAUACCGAUACCAAGCUCGAAACGAUUCUGAAGACUUACCUGGCACCACUGCUGCUCAAGCUCGCCUCGCCCCACGAAAGUGUCAGGAAGAAGGUCAUCACCAUAUGCCAGCACGUCAAUACUCGCAUACAGCCGAAGUCCAUUCAACUGCCAGUCGCUGCGCUUGUUAAGCAAUUCAAAGAGCAGGAAAGCUCUCUCAUUCGCCACUUCGAUCUUCUUUACAUUCAACAGGGCGUUGUCCGACUGUCCAACGCCGACAAGGUAGAUUUACUUCCUGUUGUUGUGAGCGGCAUAUCGAAGACCGGACAGCAUGGCUCUCAGAUCUUCUAUCUGCUUUUGCGUAUUUUGCCAUCCAUCGUGAUACCCGCUCGAGGUAGCAAAGAGGACCUUGAAUUGAGGUCCAAUUUGUCAGUGUCUGAUGAAGAUGCUGCAUAUCUAGCAGGGCAUCUGGGCAAAUUGAUACUUUUCACGCCACAAAAAUCCGCGGGGAACAGCACUGCAACAUGUCCAGGUCUGACUACAGAAGACUAUGCUUUCUUGAGCGUGAAUGGCAAGGAUGAGUGGAAUCCAUCUGCUGGUGGUCUCAACCUACUUCAGACCAAGACUCUUGCUUCCAAGCUGCUUGCGAGUGGCUUGUUCCACGAUAGCGAUCGUUUCCUCCCAGCAUUGUUCGCCUCGGCCGAUCCAGCUUCAUCGAUCAGUGAUGUUGGAGAUGAUAUAAUGAAGCGAGCUCUACCUGCUACAGACCUGGAAGACGAGGCUCUCAUCAAUACGCUCUAUGACUUGUAUUUUGGCAAAGGUACUGCACCAAGAGUACGUGCACCUCUGCGAAUCAAGAUCCUGAACCUUUUCGCCAAGUCCACCAAAAGUACCACCUUCGACAGUCGGAUCAUCAAAUUGGUCCAUGACGGCCUAUCGACCACCUCGGAUGGUGAAGAUGUCGUCAUGUCGAAUGGACCAGUACAAAACGCGAACAUCAGCCGGGAGACUCUCAAAUUGAGGGCAGCGAUAUUCGCCUACAUCACUUUUGUGGCAAGAUUCGGCGAUAAAUCGACUUUGGAGACAGUUGCCAUACCUAUUGUAACCAAGUUGCGGGACUUCGUCGAGAAUCAGGGCUGGCCCAAAAUUGGACCAAGUGAGGAUCUGACAUCGCGUGCAUAUGCGUAUGAAGUCAUAGGGCUUCUCUCCAAAUCUGGUCCCAAGAGCCUGCUCAUUGAAGAUGAGCAUCCUUCUUUGGAUCUGCUACGAUGGCUCCUCGACUCGUUAGCGCGCGAUGCCUCUGGCAACUCGAUCAUCGUCAGCAUAGAAGAAUCUCUUUCGACAAUCCUCGGAGGAAUGCAUCGCUUUCCGUUGCAGACGCAUGAGCAGCAAGUUCUCGAAGAGCUACUGAUCGAUCAGAUGAAUCAGUCCGCGAAUCUCGAGGCUUCCUCCCGGCUCCGCAGCACCCGAUACGUGGCGGUAAGGUUUGCGAAUCGAUGUUUACCUUAUUCUUCAGUCAAAGGGCGCUGGAUCGAUGCGCUCGCGAUGGGUGCAACUUCCGAUCGUCCUGAAGUCAGGGAAGAAGGCGAGCGAGGUCUCAGUCCUUACUGGCAUCGCAUGCUCAACGGUACUAGCGAUGGGAUCGAAUCGGCAGAGACGAAGUUCCCGGGAUUCCAGGCAGUCGUUCAGGAGUUCUUUGUCGUGCAAACCAAGAUUAUGAGCGAUGAAGCAGGUGUCAUAGCUCGAAGAUCGAGAGAGGUAUAUGAGUCUUCAUAUCUCGGACUCACAGCUUUCGCCAGACGGAUGCUCAUUCAAGAAGCAUUGAGCGAAGCUCAAAUACCGCUCAAUCUUGACAGCGAAUGGGAGCGUCGACUAGAUGCGAUGGCGGAAUCGGAUCUACCUGCGCGGCAAGCAAUCAAGAGCAGGGUCUCAGCACUGACUGUAGAUGAUGCACUUACGAUAGAUGUUGUGCUUUCGGCGCUAUUUGAGUGCACAGCUCUGAAGUCUACCUCAGGAGAACAUGGGCACCUCGUCGAAUUGCUCUCGCUCAGCCCAGAUGCGCUGGUCCAGAAACAUAUCGGCCGCGUGACUGAGCUUCAGCAAGUGUUGAAGUCGAACAACCACACACGUCGCAUGGCCGCCGCUCACGCCUUUGGAAUUCUGGCGUCUCACCAGAGUUUCAACUCUGCGGCAAUUCUGAACGACCUGCUAGAAGUUGCCGGUUCGUGGCAGACAGCUGUCGGUACCAGCCUGAGUGCCACACACGGCGCCCUCGUCAGCCUUGGGUAUUUUUACAGCAGGGCUUCUUGUCGUGGUCGAUCGACAGCUGACCUCCCCAAUUUUGGCCGAUUCCUCCCUACACUGUUCGAUGUCUUCGAGAAUGCAAGAGAUGAUUUACUGCAAGAAGCAACCUUUGUGACGAUUGGUCAGCUAUGCAUGUUCAGCUGCCUCACGGCUGAGUUAAUCGGCGAGCACUCUUCGAUUGGCAAAGUAUCGGAAAAAUUGUAUUCGAAAGCAAAAGAUGGCAACGAGCCAGCGGUCCUAUGCCUCGGACAGCUAUCGAUGAUCGUGCCAGAAGAUGGCGACGACUUGCAGAAGAUUCAGGACAGCUUGCACAAACUCCACGAGGUCCGACAGUCGGAAGUGCACUUCACGGUCGGCGAAGCAUUGACUUACGUGGCGAGUGGCUGGCACUCAACUGCUCUUGCCACGAAGCUGGAUGUCGAUGUCGACCCAGUGCCGCAGCUAGGCCAGGUAAGACAACACACACUCGGAAAGCUCGUCGACAAAGUGCUUGCGGACUGCGCGAAUACCAAACCAGCUCUGAAGAAGGCCGCCGUCAUGUGGCUAUUGUGUCUGGUGCAAUUCUGUGGCGAGCGAUUGCAAGAUCGACUCUCAGAAUGUCAGACUGCGUUCCGAAGAUGUCUCGCCGACAGAGACGAACUUGUCCAGGAAACCGCAUCGAGAGGAUUGGGGCUGGUAUAUGAAAAAGGUGAUCGUAACCUCAAGGACGACCUCGUGCGCGAAUUGGUGUCUUCGUUCUCAUCGGACAAGCAGCAACUUGCUGGCAACGUCGCCGCUGACACUCAGUUAUUCGAGCCUGGACAGCUGCCAACCGGAGACGGUUCAGUCUCUACUUACAAAGACAUCAUGAGUCUUGCUUCGGAAGUGGGCGACUCGAGCUUAGUAUACAAGUUCAUGUCCAUGGCAUCUUCCAAUGCAAUUUGGUCUAGCAGGGCUGCCUUUGGCCGAUUUGGCCUUAGCCGGGUCCUUUCCGACUCCAGUGUCGAUGGAUAUCUGGCCAACAAUCCAAAGCUGUAUCCAAAGCUGUUUCGAUAUCGCUUCGAUCCCAACAGUGGCGUGCAGCGCUCCAUGAAUGAAAUCUGGACAGCGCUUGUGCCUGAUUCUGCAGCCACCAUCACCAAACACUUUGAUGCUAUCAUGGACGAUCUCUUGGUGAGCAUCCUAGGAAAAGAAUGGCGAGUACGGCAAGCAUGCUGCGCUGCGGUUGCAGAUCUCGUCCAAGGAAGGCCGCUGGAGCAGUACGAGGGCUAUCUUGAGCGUAUCUGGACGCAGUGCUUCAAGGUGCUGGACGACAUCAAGGAGUCUGUCCGCGCGGCCGCCGCUUCGCUCGCGAGAACACUGACCGGAGUACUCACCAGAGCUCUCGAGGCUGAUCAUAGCUCAACCAAAAAUGCGUCAGCCAUGUUGAAGCACGUACUGCCGUUUCUGUUAUCGCCGUCUGGCAUGGAGUCGAGCGCGAAGGAGACACAAAUGUUCUCUGUGCACACUCUUCUGGAAAUCAUCAAGAAGGCCAAUGGAGCGACGUUACGGCCUUUCAUACCGGAGUUGGUCGAAAGACUGAUCGGCCUGCUAAGUUCUCUUGAACCCGAAGCAGUGAACUAUGUGCACAUGAAUGCAUCAAAAUACAAUCUUACCGAGCAGAAGAUCGACGAUAUGCGCCUGUCUAGCGUACGCAGCAGUCCGUUGAUGGAAGCUAUUGAGCGUUGUCUGGAUCUGCUGGACGAGGAGACGAUGCGCCAACUUCAGCCUAGGCUUGAGAGUGCCAUGAAGAGCUCAGUCGGGCUGCCUUCGAAGGUCGGGUCCAGUCGGGUGCUCGUAUCACUGGCGACGAGGCGUAUGUUGCUGUUCCGAACUUAUGCGGAUGAUACACUCAAGCUGCUGGAACGGCUAAUCAUCGAUCGCAACGACACCGUCUCGAGCUCGUAUGCCGCCGCCGCAGGGUAUGUGGCGCGUGGAGCUUCUGACAAGCAAAUCCUACGCUACAUUAGUUUCGCAAGCAAGUUAUACUUUGACUCUGAAGGAGACCGAGCUUCUUCAACGCCACGGCGCAGCAUCGCUUCUGGAGAAUUGAUGCUCGCUUUUGCAAAGAAUGCGAGUGACAAGUUCAGUGCCUUCGCCACAGCAGCUCUACCUUUCGUCUUUGUCGGCAAGCAUGAUUCCAACGAGCAAGUGCGCACGCCUUUCAAAGACACUUGGGAGGAGGCUGCUGGAGGAUCACGAGCUGCGCAGCUAUACCUGAAAGAGAUAUUGGACCUCUGCAUGUCACAUUUGGACUCUCCACAGUGGCACCUGAAGCAUACGGCCGCUCGCACGGUAGCUGAAGCUACCAAGACUGCGUGCGCCGGCGAGUCGCAGCUAUCUGCAGCCACCGGUGCCGCCUUGUGGCCAGCUAUCGAAAAGGCUCUUUCGGGCAAGACUUGGGAUGGCAAGGAGGAUGUGCUCUCGGCUUUUGUCAAAUUCGUCGAGUCGGCGCAGGUGUACUACUCCGAGAAUGAAGUGGUUCGAAACGCCAUCGUCAAGAUUGCGAUCAGAGAAGCCAAACGUCAGAAUGUGGGUUAUCGCCAGCACUCCAUAGGUGCACUCGCAAAGGUUGCACUUGCACGGACUGAUGUAGACCUGAGCGAGGCGGUCUUGGAAGUUGCUGCUCCAUUGUUAAGCGAGACUCCGGACGAAGAUGCUAUGGAGAUCGAUGGAGCUGACGGCGGCCGUAAAGCGGAUGAAAUCAAGGAGAUCACCACGGCGGGUGCUAUCGAAGCCAUCUUCGCUUCCAUCAAUCCUCGUGCAUCAUCCAGAACGGAAUUGGAGCACAAGGCGUCUCGUGGUCUACACGAAGUGGCUGCUGCGAAGACUGCCACGAGUGCGCGUACCUUGCGAAGCCUUUUCGAAAGCCUUCAAAGCAUGUUCGAGCGGGUCCGGAGGGAAGAGCGAAAGUUUGAACUGGAUGCCACAGCCAUCACAGACCUGAAGACGCUGCUAUUCGGCCCUUCGAUAUCGAUUCAGGCUAUUCGCUUGGCAAGGGCGCGUGCGGUGCUGGCGUCUGUGACCACCUGUCCCACGAUGUCGGCCCAGUUGGGGGAAGGAAUCCGUGCGACCAUGGCGGAGGAGCCGUCGAAUGAAGUUCGACAGGUUCUAGAAUCUGCAUGGAAAGGCUGCGAGGCGUUAUGAGGCGCUGUCUGUACGACCACGCGCAUGGCCAACACGUGGGAAUGUGGUCCCGGAGCUAGACUGCAGCCUUCCUGCAGCCAUACAUAGGGCAUUCGUAGACUAGCUAGCACUUCAUCGUGACGCCAGCCUACCUACCCUGCGAGGCUGUUCGAGGUCUGAGGUGAGCCUCGUUGACAACACUUCUAGGCCAUCAACAGCAAAUGGUCAAUUCGACUCGCAUUCGUCGAGGAUGCCAGUCUGUUCCAGAAUUUCAAGCAAGCC